UAUAGGAAAAUGCCUCUUAAAGGUAUUAAAGUUUUGGAAUUUGCCGGUUUGGCACCAGCACCAUUUUGUGGUAAAAUUUUGGCGGACUUUGGGGCAAAGGUUACAGUUAUAGAUAGGGUGCCAGAUAAUCUAUUCAAUUGUAUGAGCCGCGGCAAACGUGUAUUGGCCAUUAAUUUAAAAGCCCCCGAAGGACAAAAACUUGCCCGCAAAUUAGCCGGAACUCAGGAUGUUCUUAUUGAACCAUUCCGUCCGGGUGUUAUGGAAAAGCUAAAUUUGGGACCUGAAAUUCUGUGCAAAGAAAAUCCCAAACUUAUCUAUGCCAGACUAACAGGUUUUGGACAAACCGGCAGAUUGGCUGCUCGUGCCGGUCAUGAUAUUAAUUAUGCUGCGAUUUCCGGUGUUCUAUCUAUGUUGGGUCAUAAAAAUCAAAAUCCUCAACCUCCUAUGAAUAUAUUGGCCGAUUUUGCUGGUGGUGGUCUCAUGUGCGCAUUGGGAAUUUGCAUGGCUCUAUUGGAACGUUAUCGUUCGGGACGUGGACAAGUUGUUGAUUCGGCCAUGGUUGAUGGUGCAGCAUAUGUUGCCAGUUGGCUAUUUAUGGCACGCUCUAUACCAUCCAUAUUUCAAGGAGAACGUGGCACAAAUGCUCUGGAUGGUGGUUUUUAUUUUUAUGACGUCUAUAAGACCAAAGAUGGCAAAUAUAUGUCCGUCGGUGCCUUGGAACAACAAUUUUUCAAUGAGUUUGUAAAUAAAUUAGGCCUCCCGGAACUUUCUCAAGGUAUGAUUACUGAGGAGGAACAGAAAACUGCCAAAGCAAUGGUAACGAAAAAAUUUCUAGAAAAAACUCAAGCUGAGUGGUCAGCAAUAUUUGAAGAUAUCGACGCGUGUGUUUAUCCCAUUGUCGAUUGGGAGAAUGUUAUGGAACAUGAUCACAAUAAAACUCGUCAGGCAUUUGAAAAAUUAGAUGAUGGUUGUUUAGCACCCACUCCUGCACCACGCCUAAGUCGCACUCCGGGUAAACUUUCAACACGUCCCUGUACAUCUGCCGAGGCGGUUGAGGAGUCUUUAGAUAUUUUAAAAGAUUUGAAAUUAAGCAAUAAAGAAUUACAAAAAUUAGUAAGUGAUAAAGUUUUGAUAUUGCCCGCUCAGGCAAAAUUAUAA